CGCUCUUAUAAAAUUUUUCAUCCUCCCAAACCUUUGUUUCUACCAAGAAAAAGCCUGCAGGUUCUGCUGAACUUUGGGGGGGAAGUCCCCUGUUUUCAUCAGUUUAAGCAAAUCACCAGAGAAUCAACAGUUAACAGGAGGGGGAAAGAUGGACUACGUUAAUGGACCUGGACGGAACCAUCUCUUUGUGCCGGGACCUGUCAAUAUACCAGACCAGAUCAUCCGUGCAAUGAACAGGAAUAAUGAGGAUUAUCGCUCUCCAGCCAUUCCAGCCAUGACCAAAAUCUUGCUGGAGGAUGUCAAGAAGAUUUUUAAGAGUGAAAGUGGAACCCCAUUUCUGAUCCCAACCACAGGGACUGGUGCAUGGGAAAGUGCACUUACCAACACCUUAUCACCAGGAGAUCGCAUUGUAUCUUUCCUAAUUGGACAAUUCAGUUUGUUGUGGAUUGACCAACAGCAGCGUCUUAACUUCAAUGUGGAUGUCAUUGAAAGUGAAUGGGGUCAAGGAGCAAAUCUUGAUAUUUUGGCCUCAAAACUAGCAGAAGAUACAGCACAUACUAUCAAGGCCAUCUGCAUCGUGCACAAUGAAACAGCAACUGGUGUAACCAACAACUUGGCUACUGUUAGAAAGAUUCUUGAUCACUACAACCAUCCAGCACUCUUUGUUGUUGAUGGUGUUUCCUCCAUUUGUGCACUUGAUUUCCGCAUGGAUGAAUGGGGAGUAGAUGUGGCACUAACUGGCUCUCAGAAAGCUCUUUCUCUCCCAACUGGCAUAGGAAUCGUUUGUGCAAGCCCCAAGGCUCUUGAGGCUUCCAAAACAGCAAAAUCUGUUAGAGUCUUCUUUGACUGGAAGGACUACCUGAAGUUCUAUAAGUUGGGAACAUAUUGGCCAUACACUCCAUCCAUUCAUCUUCUAUAUGGUCUAAGAGCAGCUUUGGAUCUCAUAUUUGAGGAAGGACUUGAGAAUGUAUUUGCCAGGCAUGCUCGCUUAGCCAAAGCAACAAGACUUGCUAUGGAAGCAUGGGGCUUGAAAAAUUGCACCCAAAAGGAGGAAUGGUACAGUGAUACAGUCACUGCUGUGCUUGUUCCUCCUAACAUUGACAGUUCAGAAAUUGUUAGAAGGGCCUGGAAGAGAUACAACUUAAGCUUGGGUCUGGGGCUGAACAAAGUUGCUGGAAAGGUUUUCAGAAUAGGGCAUCUUGGCAACUUAAAUGAGUUGCAACUACUUGGCUGUCUUGCUGGAGUGGAGAUGGUACUCAAGGAUGUUGGUUACCCUGUUAAGCUAGGUAGUGGAGUGGGAGCUGCUUGUGCAUACCUACAGAACACCACUCCCUUGAUUCCUUCCAGGAUCUAAUUCUACCUCAGUAAUGCUUGUAACUAGUUUUCCUUUGCUUUUCUGUUCAGGAUACUCUGUAAAAAUUGCAUAAUCUCCUUGCAUCUUGUGACACUCUUUUGAAGCUUUAAGUUUCUUAAGUGCUUUCCAGUUUGCUUCUA